ACUAAUGGCUCCCAGGCGUGCAGCGGGGCCAGACACACUGGAGCCGAGAGCCGAGCAGGAAUGCCACUACAAACACAGAGAGAGAGACUGACGGACGCAGAGAAGUGCUUGGAAAGAGAUUUUGCUGUGGAGGAGAUUGGAUGUGGAUUUGGAACAGCAGUCUGCCCAGUGUGUGUGUACAGUGCAGAGAAGAACGUUCCUGCCAUGCCCGGUUCCCCAGUGGAUGGAAAGACUCAUUCCAGACCAACCGUCUCCAUCAUGCCCCCUCUACCCUCCGUCAACCCCAGCGGACCUCGACCGGCAGCCUUCUCCACCACAGCAUUGACUAAUGGGAUCAAUCAUUCUCCACCGAUGCUCAACGCCAUUCCCUCGCCGCCUCAGCGCUACAGCAACGGACCCUCAUCAUCAUCUUCCUCCUCUCUGGCCAACCAGCAGCUUCCAGCCACCUGCGGCGCGCGACAGCUGAGCAAACUCAAGCGCUUCCUCACAACACUGCAGCAGUUCGGCAACGACAUCUCGCCCGAGAUCGGAGAGAGCGUCCGGAACCUGGUGCUGGCGCUGGUGAACUCCACCGUCACCAUUGAAGAGUUUCACUCCAGACUGCAAGAAGCUACAAACUUCCCCUUGAGGCCCUUCGUCAUUCCCUUCCUGAAGGCGAACCUGCCCUUACUGCAGAGGGAGCUUUUGCACUGCGCUCGAGCCGCCAAACAGACUCCAGCGCAGUAUCUGUCCCAACACGAACACCUCCUGCUCAGCACCAGCGUCCCGUCACCAGCCGACUCCACCGAACUACUGCUGGAGCCCAACGAGAGCAGCAAACGCCACAGUCCUAACAGGUACGAGCACAUAAUAUGUGACCCUGGAAAAGAGAAUGGUUUCCACGAGCGUCCUCCCGCCUCCCUGGAGCCUCCUGCCAAGCGAAUCUGCACCAUAAGCCCCGCCCCCAGACACAGCCCCGCCCACCCGCUGCAGCUCCCCGCCCACAUCCACCCGACUCCGCCCCCUCUGCAGCACUACGCGCUGGAUGACAUCAGCACACCGCACCUGUACAGAGAACCGCAGCGGAUCCUGGAGCUGAGGGAGCUGAAGGAGCGGCCGCGGCUGACAGGCAGUAACGGAGGCUACCGUGAGGAACCUGUAGACCACAGACUGACAGACAGAGAGUGGGCUGAAGAAUGGAGGCAUCUGGAUCAUGUGCUGAACUGUAUCGUGGACAUGGUGGAGAAGACGCGGCGUUCGGUGAGCGUUCUGCGCCGCUGUCAGGAGUCCGACCGCGAGGAGCUCAAUUACUGGAGGCGACGCUCCAACCCACACGACGACGGACGCAAGAACGGAUCGGCCGCAGGGAACGCCCCGUUCAGCAAGACACACAGCCCUCUGUCAGCCGAGGGAGUCAACGCAGACUCUCAGAGGGAUCUUCCCGUGCGUGCCGGCUCUGGCUACGUGCCUGAUGAGAUAUGGAGGAAAGCCGAGGAAGCGGUGAACGAUGUGAAGCGCCAGGCGAUGGACGAGGUGCAGAAGGCCGUCGCCGAGGCCGAGCAGAAAGCCUUCGAGAUGAUCACCGCCGAGAGAGCCAAGAUGGAGAAAACCCUCGCCGAGGCCAAGAGGAAAGCCACCGAAGAUGCCAUACAGGUCAUCAACGAGCAGGAAGACUCCAGCGAGUGCUGCUGGAACUGCGGCCGGAAGGCGAGCGAGACGUGCAGCGGCUGUAACGCGGCGCGAUACUGCGGUUCCUUCUGUCAGCACAAGGACUGGGAGCGGCACCAUCUCAUCUGCAGCCCGGGGCUCCAGGCGCAGCCCAAAUCCAUGUCACGCGUCCUGGCCAAAGCCAUCCCGAGUCCCAGCCUGGAGAAAACCUCCAGCACCUCCAGAGCAUCCACACCAGCCACCCCAGUGUCCUCCUCCACACCGGACACCGGCGGACACUGAGACACAGCAGACAGAGAGACACAUGGAUUUUAACCGCCGGAUGUGACAGAAGUAGGACGUUCAGACACACUUAUGGACAGAGGGACGUGUUUUUGGCACCGCUCUGCGUGACUCAGCGUGCAGAUAUGAUCCGUUUUACUUGCACAAACUGUUGUCAGUGAUUCGUGAGCGUUUGUGUGUGUGUGUGAGUGUGUGAUUGUUUCUGUAAAUACAAUAUCAGAGCAAUAUAAAGUGAUGGAUUCACCAAAGCAGUCAAUGCUGUGACCUGUUCAUGUUCAUCAUUAUUAUCCGACAGUGUUAUCAGAGCUGCCAUAGAGAAAGAGUGUGUGUUAAACGUGGGAAACAAACCCUGAUCAGGGUCCAGAUGUACAAUCAACAGCUUCCAGUACAGUUUAAUCCACCAAACCUGGUCUGUUUGUAUCCACGCGCAAAGCUCUGCCAUCUCAGGAGGAUGUUAUAUGUAUAUAAUUUAAUUUUUCGAGUCGAGGUGAGUCUUAGGCUGUUUCUUUUCUUUGAUUUCCACGUUGGCGUCUUCAGCUACCUUCGUUUCGUACGGUACACCACAUGAUGAAUUAUUUUUGUUUUGUUUAUUAUAAGAAUGUGUAAAAUAUAACGGUGCAAGAGAAUGUUUAUUUUGUGAGCUACUCUGUGACAUUCAUUUCUUUUCUUCAAGAAUUCUUGAAUAUUGGUAUGAAGUAGAUAUUAAAAAAUAAAGACAUUAAUGUGA